CUCCGCUGGAAAAGAGCAGCGCUCCGGAGCUGCGGCGCGCAUGCGCAGUAGGACUGUUUCCAUGGCGCUGCUCCGACCUGCUGAGCGAGUUGAUUCUUCAACUUCCGAUUCACGUCCUUCGGGGACACAAAUAACAGGACGUCGGGCGGUUUUAAUUGUUUUUUACCGGGUGUUUUCCGAUCGCGUUGUUCGGGCGACGUGUUUUUUUUAAUUUAUUUUUUUAAAUGUGGCUUUUGCAUAGUGGAGCACGCGGGCUACUGAUAAACUAAUCAUUUGGUAUCAGACUCUCGCUCCGUAAUUGAACAGGAGCGUAUAUUGUUUUUACCCCAUGGCCACUUUCUUUCAACGGCGAAUUCACAAUCUGCUGCGGCUGGACCUGCGUGUUGUACGUCUAACGUGUGGAGGAAGCUCCUUCUCAUCCCACCCGUGUUUGUCCUCCAGAUGAACUGCUUCAGCCAAAAGCUGAGACGCACCGCUCCCAUGGGCGGCGGCAGUAGGAUGGAGCUGGUGCCCUCGAAGCCCCCCAGGAUGAAUGGAUGGUCAUGGCCCCCUCAGGCUUUCCAAGUGGCUGGCUGGCUGGUUUGCAGCUACCUCGCCGUGGUCAGCUUCGGCAUCUAUAUCCCUCUACUGCCGCUGCCAUGGAAGCACGUGGCCUACGCUCUGGCUGGAAUUUCUUUUAUUGUACACAUCUUUGCCCACGUUGCCGUCGUAACAAUAGACCCAGCGGAUGUCACUGUGAGGGCCAAACGGAGCUAUUCCAGUCCAACGGCGCUUUUUGACAGGUCGAAGCAAACGCAUGUCAUCCAGGACCAACACUGUUAUCUAUGCGAUGUCAAGGUCGGCCCUAAAGUAAAACACUGUGGCGUUUGCAACAAGUGUGUGGAGGACUUUGAUCACCAUUGCAAAUGGCUGAACACCUGUGUGGGUGGCAGAAACUACUGGUGCUUCUUUGUGGCGCUGUCCUCUGCCAUGCUGGGCAUCCUCCUGCUGGUUGUGGUCUUUUUAUUCAUAUUUAUUCAGCAUUACCUAGAUCCAAACAGCCUGCGGACCGCCCCGCAGUUUGACAGUGUAAUGGGGAAUGGUACCUGGCUGGUGUUUUUACCCUUAGCACCCAUAAAGACCGGUUCAGCCAUUUUCCUUUUAUUAGCGUUCAUAACAGCCGUGCUGAGCAUCACCUGCAUGCUGCUACUCGGCCAUCUGCUGGUCUUCCACCUCUACCUCUUUUGUAAAGGCAUAAGCACAUAUGAUUAUAUAAAGAGGCAGCGACAAAAAGAAGCCAAAAACAUUGAAACAGGAAAUCACCAAGAUGCCAAAAUCAAUAGCGGGGACCGACAGAAUCAAGAAACUUCAAUUGACUGUGAGCCGGCAUUAUCGCAUAGUUCAGGUACCUGCCAAUUUGACAACGAAGGCCCACUCACAAGGCGACUUUCAGAGUCGAUUUGCACUGAGGUGGAAAACUUUAAUAAAUCAGCAGCUAAAGAGAAUAGUUUCCAUUAUGGCACAGAGAGUCCCACAAACAACACAGCAAUGAGCGAUUACAAAAGCUGCAAGCUGGACACUGAAGAGGCUCAGGCCGCGUGUCAGAAGUCUGGACAGCCUGUCCCCGGAGUGCAGGACCCUCUGGGAAGCUCCGUUAUGACCCCAGAUGACACUUAGCAGUUGGUAAUGUUUGCAUGGUGGUGCA